AUGUUCCACAACGCUUCCAAGCUCGCGCUCCUGGCGGUUUUCGGCGUCGCCGCCGCUGAGGAAGCCGUGAUCUCGCUUUUUAUUCCUCUCUUUGCCCCUAACUACGUCGUGGCCUCUGUUGUCGAUGUAGGCGCCGACGAGACGACAUUUGCUCUCGCCUGCCACUCUCAAGUGCCCCAGACUGAAUGCGGCAUCAGCAACCCUGUUCAGCUGGUCGCGGGCCCUUCGACUAUGGCUCUCACUGCCACCCUCGACUACACGUCUGCCCCGUCAAUGACCAUAACUGCCGACUGCGCUAUCAACGUCGAUGCCAAUGAGGCUACCUGCACGCAGUACCAGGCGGAGGGCAGCAUGACCUACAGCGAGUCGACCGUUGUGUCGGAAAUAGAUGCUUACUACUUGCCCCUCACCAUCACCGCCGGCGCCGAGAAGCUUACCGACGUACCCGCUGCCACGACAACCCCGGCGACCCUUCCCACCGCGACGGAGACCUCUACCGGAACCUCUGCAACCCCUGCUGAUUCUUCCUCCGAGUCUUCUGACGAGUCUUCCGUUGUGGCAGGCGAGUCAUCAACGACGACCGCCGCGGGUGAGGCUGUGACGACGACCGAAGCUGGCAACACGGCGCUUCCCCGAAUGACCCAAAACGCCGUUCUGGCAGGUAUUGCUGCCGUCGUCGGCGGUGCCAUGGUGCUGUAA